CGACAUGUUUAGUCUCGUGUUUUAAAUAGCCUUUUGAAUUGUCCUUUGAAAUAUCUGUGUUUUCCCCUGCCACGAAAUCCUCUUACAACCAUGGAGCCAUGGCUCAAGCUUUCUGUACUAGUCUUUAUGUGGUUUUCUUUCAAUAGCCAACUCUCCUUAGGGGCAGACACCAUCUCAGCAAAUCGGUCUCUCUCCGGUAAUCAGACCAUUGUUUCAUUGGGUGGAAACUUCGUGUUGGGCUUCUUCACACCAGGUAAGUCUUCCAACUACUACAUAGGCAUAUGGUACGGCGGCAAGGUCUCUGAACAGACCCCAGUUUGGGUUGCAAACAGGGAGAUACCAGUCCGUGAUACACAAUCUUCAGAACUAAAAUUAUCUGAUGGUAACUUGGUUUUGUUCAACGAGUCCAAAGUACCAAUUUGGUCCACCAAUAUUAGCUCAAGCAGCUCAAGUUCUGUAGUAGCAGUCCUUGAAGAUAGUGGGAAUCUUGUUCUAAGAGAUGGUCCCAAUUCAACAACACCUUUGUGGCAAAGUUUGGAUCAUCCCACACACACAUGGCUUCCCGGUGGUAAGAUUAGCUUAAAUAAACGAACCAAUCAAAGUCAACUUCUUAUUUCAUGGAAAAAUUCAGAAGAUCCUGCGCCGGGUCUCUUCUCUCUGGAGCUAGAUCCCGAAGGAACCAAUCAAUAUUUGAUUCUGUGGAAUAGGACCAGACAAUACUGGACGAGUGGACCUUGGGAUGAACAAGCAAGGAUUUUCACUUUAGUUCCAGAAAUGAGAUUGAAUUAUAUCUAUAACUUCAGCUUUCAUUCAGACGAAAACGAGAGUUAUUUUACUUAUUCGCUUUAUAAUCCUGAUACCAUAUCUCGAUUUGUUAUGGAUAUUUCGGGGCAGAUUAAGCAACUGUCUUGGUUGGAAGGUAGCAAGGAGUGGAAUUUGUUUUGGUCACAGCCGAGACAACAAUGCCAGGUUUAUGCUUAUUGUGGGGCUUUUGGCAGCUGCACCGAGGGAGGUUUGCCUUUCUGUAAUUGUUUGAGAGGUUUCCAUCAAAAGUCGCAAUCCGCUUGGAAUCUGAGCGAUUUUUCUGAUGGGUGUGAAAGGACAACCAAGCUGCAGUGUGAGGAGAAUCGCACCCUUACUAAUGGAAAGCCUGAUAAAUUUCUAACAAGCCCCAACGUGAAAUUGCCUCAAAAUGCUCAGCCUAUGACCGCUACGAGCAUAUCGGAAUGUGAAUCAACCUGCCUUCAGAAUUGCUCUUGCACUGCUUAUGCUUAUGACAGUGAUGGGUGUAGAAUUUGGAUAGGCCAACUCUUGGAUCUGCAACAACUUGCGGAUGAUGCUAGCGAUGGCAAAACUCUAUAUCUCCGAUUAGCGGCAUCUGAAUUUUCCAGUUCCAGCAACAAUAAUGGAAUCAUUAUUGGAGCAGCUGCAGGGUCGGUGAGUUUAGUCCUGGUCCUUGUAAUAUUUGGAAUCUGGAGAUGGAGGCGGCGGACAACGAUAAACCCGAAAGCUGUUGAAGGCUCGCUUCUAGCUUUCGGAUAUAGGGAUUUACAGAGUGCAACCAAGAAUUUCUCUGAAAAGCUUGGGGGAGGAGGCUUUGGUUCUGUUUUCAAAGGAACGUUGCCAGAUUCGAGUGUCAUCGCUGUGAAGCAGCUUGAGAGCAUCAAUCAGGGAGAGAAGCAGUUCCGCACAGAGGUCAGCACAAUUGGGACGAUCCAGCAUGUUAAUCUAGUGCGGCUUCGAGGGUUCUGCUCUGAAGGUACAAGGAAGCUGUUGGUGUAUGAUUACAUGCCAAAUGGUUCUUUGGAUGCCCAUCUUUUCCAUGAAGAGAAAUCUAAAGCUUUAACGUGGAAAACAAGGUACCAGAUUGCACUUGGUACGGCUAGAGGCUUAGCUUAUCUUCAUGAGAAGUGCAGAGAUUGUAUUAUUCACUGUGACAUUAAGCCAGAGAACAUUCUCUUGGAUGCUGAAUUCUGUCCCAAAGUCGCAGAUUUUGGCCUGGCAAAGCUUAUUGGGCGGGACUUCAGCAGGGUCCUGACAACUAUGAGAGGGACAAGGGGCUAUCUUGCACCCGAGUGGAUUUCAGGAGUCCCGGUUACAGCUAAAGCUGAUGUCUACAGCUACGGGAUGAUGUUGUUUGAGUUUGUGUCAGGAAGGAGAAACUCUGAACAAUCUGAAGAUGGCAAAGUUAGAUUCUUUCCGACUUUGGCUGCUAGCGUAAUGACCCAAGACGAUGAUGUGCUUACCCUAUUAGACCCCCAAUUGAAUGGAGAUGCCCCUGAAGAAGAGCUAUCAAGAAUAUGUAAAGUGGCUUGUUGGUGUGUGCAAGAUGAUGAAGCUCGCAGGCCAUCAAUGGGUCAAGUAGUUCAGAUCCUGGAGGGUGUUUUGGAUGUGAACCUGCCUCCAAUUCCGAGGUUUCUACAAGUGUUUGGGGACAAUUCGGACCAUGUAGUCUUCUUCACAGAGUCAUCUUCGAACCAGAGUUCACAGACACCGAGCUACACCUCAACUGCGUCUUCUCAGGCUAAGAGUAACACAUCAUCAAUGAGUUCAUGAAUCUUGAAAAACAUUUUCCGGAAAUAAGUUAGGGUAGUUUGGUUUCAUCAUGUGUAUAUAUGUUGUAAUUUCAGAGCUGUUUUUACAUUAUUUUCCUAAUACGCAAGGCCAUUCCUAUUAAUAGUUGCUUUCUUUAUGGAGAUUGGAGCAUGUUGCUUGCAUAAUUUGAGCGAAGCAUUGCUUCAUAGCAUGCGAUAUAUAAAUGUAACAUGGUAUGCAUGUUUCUAUGGUUAUAAAGCUUUGUUUUAAGUAUAA